GUCGUUUUCGCGCUAUGUAUGUCGAGAUCACUUUUAUUUUGCAAUAUGUGAAGCGAAAAUAAAAGCCGCCCCUUACCUUUUCCUUUUCGCGUUGGUGACGCAGUCUACCUGAAUUCUUUUACCAAACUGUAUGAACAGAAUAUGGCGCUAAUAGAUACGUAGCGUUUUCCAUUUUUUUUCGUCGUAAUCAAUAGCAGCGCGUUGUGGUUGUUCAUUGCUUGAGAAGGAGGGAACAUGGACAAGCGACCACAUCAUCUGCCGCCUGUCCCGAAAUGGAACGGGACCACAGUGUGGGACCUUUUCCGCGGAGAGCAGGAAAAAGAGCAAGAGGUUCUGCAGUCCCCGAUCUCCACUGUCAGCACCGUCUCGUCGCUCAGUUGUAUUCUAACUACUGCUUCUUGGUCUGAUUGUGAUUUUGUUGUUUCGUGAUCCUGUGCUACGAGAAUGGAUAUGGAGGGAGAAAAGAUGAUAAUGAUUGACUCGAUCCUGAAAGAUGACUAUCCGUCGGCCCGUGCUAUUUAUGGAACUGUGUAAUAAAUAAUUUUUCAACCGAACUUUUCAACUUUCAACAACAGAUCAAGACACGAGCUUCAACUUGGUUAUCAAGCACAAAUACCGGGUCCAGCCCCCGCAUAUUCACAGAAAGGCAAAGUUGGUCACUUGGUACGAAUUCCGUUCGCCAUUGUUGAGUUUAUCUCUUUGAAACUUGUCAUGAUUAUGCACUGUCUUGCCGCCCCGAAACAAGGCAUAAUACGUUUUGCGGUAUUGAGAACCUUGAUUGUUCCAGCUUAGAAUAUGCGAAAAUGGCGGUAUUUUGAAGUCUGAUACUCAGUUCCAGCAGCAAGGCGCUACCGGACGUCGAUAUCUCCGAACAUUCAUGGGUCAACAACCGAUCAUCGCGAUUAUACUGCGAGCCGUAUAUUGUCUGCAUGAAAGAAAGCAAAAGCCACAUGCGCCAUUUGUAUCGUAAGUAUUUCCAACGGUGCGCCGUGGCUGACAACCGGGCUCGUUGCAGAAAGAAUUUCAAAACGAGAUAGAACGACAACAGCUGCAAUGUAGCAGCCAAUCAUGUGUCAUUCAACGACUUCAGUGCAUGUUCGUACAGUUACAGACUCUAAGUCGAAGACUCCAGGUUUGAAUUGGGUUCUUGUCCCACAUCUUGUCUCUGCAUUAUUCGCCGGGGACGCUACAUGCUCCCCCCAAAAAUCGGAUCGAGUUCGACAGGCAGCUCUUCUACCACAGCCAAGUUCGGCGCCAAAACGACACAGAAACGAGAGGAGUCCGAGAAGGAUAAAAAAAGUACUUACUUUUUUUUUGUGCGAAGAAAUUUAUUAAUGUUGAUGCGGCGGUUGAAGAAUAAAUAUGAUGUUGAAUGAAUAGUCGACCAUAAUUAUGAGCUCGAUUCGAGAUAGUUGAAGUUAUGUAUGAAUCAAGCGAACUAUUGAUCAACAGAGCGCAUGGAGAACACAAGGCGCCGCGCAGAGCGACGGGCGAAGCUCCGGGGUAACAUGCUCCCCGUCGCGGAGGACAACGUGCAGGUUUCGAUGCGUGUGCAGGAAAAGGUGUCAGCUUGAAAAUAGUCCGAUCCCAGCAUUCGUGGCAUGCGGUUGUUCGCGAAAAGAGCUCUUUCCUUCUGUCUGUGCGGCAGCCAUUUCCAUUGACAAAUUUGUAUACUUUUUGCUUCCGCAAAAACAAAGUGAGUUGGCGCUUCCGGAAUGUGAUCAUGAAACACACGCAAAAUAAUCCGCGGAAGACGCCAUCUUCUCACGGUGCACCAACAUCCGCAUUUCGCUACGAAAUAGCUAAGCCAUAGUCCUUGGCUGCUGGUCACAUGUUGGGCUACAAAGGCAUGUACGUGAACAGCGAUACUGGGAUAGGAAAUGUCUCGACCUUGAUACAGUAUUGCCACCAACGUCGAAAACAAUCCGCUGAAGGCAGCGGAGAUACUGAACGAAGUCCACUUGAACUACAAUCUCGACCAGCAGUUGGCCAAGGACUAUCAAAUGCAAAAAUGUCUGGGUCUGGAAACUUGUGAUGCAAGCCAGGGAAAAAUGCGCAUACUGUAAUGCACUGCCAAGCAUGACAAGUUUUUCCGUGGUGCAGAGUUGCGUACUCCGCAUGAGAAACUGCGUUUCUGCAUGACAGGCAAGAGAAGCCCUUUGCGGCCACGCAAUACAGAGCUCAGAGCCAUGCCGGACUAGCAUGACAAAUCCCGGAAUCAUCCAGACCCAGACAUUUUUGCAUUUGAUAAGGACGAGAAGGAGGCGAUAGAUGCGAUGGAGCAACAGAUGGUGAAAUUGCAAUCCAUCCGGGAGUAUCAAAUGUAAGAAUGUCUGGGUCUGGAAGAAUGCGACUUGUCAUGCUAAAUCUGCAGCAUGCAAAAAUCUGUGUUGCAUGAUUACCAAAAGUCGUCCAGUUUUAACCAAGUCGGGAGGCAGUUUCUCAUGCAGAAUAGGCAUGAGAAAGAUCGCACAGAAUCUGUCAUGCUAGGUCCUGCAUUCCAGACCUCAUGGAUCAUGGAAAAGCUGCAUGACAAAUCGCGCACUCUUCCAGACCCAGACAUUUUUACAUUUGAUAGGGAGCGGCGAAGGGCGGUGGCGGCUUUACAGGGCGAGAUGUUUUAUCUGAUGAAAAUAUUUCUUCAGAGUCACAAGAAAAACGCAACACACUUGUUAUGCCCUAUUGGUACAACAGCAACAUCAGCGUGGUACAAAGUACGCAGCUUUUCUUGUGAUCCUGAUGUAUUUAUUUCACUGGAUAGCGGCAAGGAAUAGGGUGGAAGUGAAGUGGUGGUUGGAAAAUGAAAAAGCGCUGAAAAUGAAAAAGAACAACAACAGCUUACAGAUUUAACGAAAAGCUUUUUUUACAGAAACUCUUUACAGAAUCAAAAUUUAUCUCGUACGUACUACUCGAAAUUAAAUGUAAAAAUCAUUGUCUCUCUAUGCACAAUGAAUACUUCAACGAGCAAGACCGUCAACGCGUAUAUAUUGUUGGAUGGAAAUUAACACUGUACAUACAGCAACUUCCGACAAAAACGAACAGCAACUUCCGGCAAAGAACGCGAACAGAAAAUACUUACAACUAGUACACUAU